AAUGUAAAAUGAAGUGACUGUUUGUAUUUCAGCAGUCAUGGCCACCAAUGUGCAGAUAAAAGGCAAAGCUUCAAAGUUUGACUGUCUCAUCUGUAGCAGGAAUCUGUCUUCAAGGCAGUGACUUGAGACACAUAUGCAGGCAAAUCAUAACAGAAGUUCAGUGGAGUCUAGCUACAAAUGCAAACACUUUUUGAACAGGAUGCUUAAGUGUAGAAGCAAGUGGACAACAGCAAAAGAAAUGGUGUCUUGUAAAGUUGCAGGAAGACUCUUACCAGUCCCACCAGAUGAAUGCUGUGAAGGUCUUCUUCAGUCAACAAACUCAACUUCUGCAUUGGAUUUAAAAAAGUGUUUUCGUGUUGAAAUUAAUGGACAAAAGUACUUCAGUCAGGCAUAUCAGCGAAUGAAAAACAAGAACUUGUUAUUUUAUGGUUUGUCAUUCAGGUGAAGUAGUUUCAGUCAAGUUUUUUGUUGUUAACAAAGAAAAGAAAGUGUUUGCUGUCGUGAAAGUAUAUGAAAUACCUGAUGACUGUUACAUCCUUAGAUCUAGUGGCAGACAUAUAUUUAAAGUUGUAUCAACUGAAUGUCUGAAAACAAUUCAUGUGUCUCAGAUCAUGGAUAAACUUUUCUAUAUAGCUAUUGACAAUGCUGUAUAUGUUGUAUGUAUGCCAAACAUUCUAGGCAGAAGUGUGUUUAAGUAAGGUACAAACAGUCCACACGAAU